UGUAUGGUGGUAGGUCAGCAACUCUAACGCGGAAGAGCACGUCGAAAAAUCGUCAAACACCAUGGCUGCGAUACGGCACACCUGCUACUCAGAUGCGCGGAACAAUGCGAGAAAAGAAGAUCAAUGUUUGUUGGGUAUAUGUCGGAUUAGAAGGAAAGUAACCGGUCAGAGGCGGGCUGUAACUCGAGGUUGUGGCUUCCUUGUUAAGGAUAUGAUCAUCCCUGACCCAGCCCCUGGUUCAAGUGGACCUUGUUGCAACCGUAGCUACCAGUAUUGCUUCAUAACAACCAGUCAAGUCAUCGAUGCCAAUGAUCCCUUGGAAAAUUUUUAUUUGGAAUUUCAAAAGUUGAAUAAAAAGUUGAAAACAGUUCCACUAAAAAAAAUUGCAGAUCUAAAGGAUGUCCUUCGAACUUGCAACUUGGUUUUCAUUCGUGUAAAACCCUCCAGAAAAUACCCUGAGAUGAAAGACAGCAUUUUUACUUAUCGACCAUUCGAGGUGACCAGCGUGAAUCAAAGCCACGAGGAGUUAGAGUGUUUUUUUGUGGAGGAUAAGGAGAAAUCUUUCGAUGUGGUAGACCUGAUGAUUCAGAGGAGAGUUGCACAAAACUCGCACAAGAUGUAUUUCCAAAUCAGUGAUGACAGCAUGGGUAAAGUUUUCACGACAUUUCCACACAAGGAAAACAGUAAGCCAUACGGUGGUGUGAUCUUGAAGCGUCUAAAACACCAAGACGACAAGUUUUUAGCGGCUGGAUGCCUUAAUUUUGCUGACGACGGAUCUUUAUGCCCUGUCUUCUUCCCUCUCCUUCAUACAGAUACUUACCAUGAUGGUCCCCAAUUAUUGAAUGGAAUCUCCUCGGAAGAAAGAGCAUCUGAGGCAGCAAAUCUUAGCCAUGAGACACCUGUGUGCACUGCUGUUGUCACUACUACUCAUACUCCUCUUGCUGCUUCUGGUGCCAGGACUACUGUGGUCACUGCCACUACUACUGCCAUUGUGACUGUUACACCUGCAGCCAUUGCUCCUGUCUCUACUGCUAAUGCCACUGUCACUGUGACUGCUGCACCUAUCCUUGCUCCAGAACCUUCUACUGCUACCACUGUUACUGUGACUCCUAUACCUGUCCCUACUCUUGCCCCUACUGCUACUCCUUGCAGUAUGGUCACCACUGCUCCCACCACUGGUCUUGGGGGAGAGGCUGCACCCCAAGUUGAGAACAGUUCAGCAAGUCUAACACCCUAUCCUAUCCAAGAACAGAGACUAGAGGGCACAGACACUGAAGACUCCGCUCAGGCUGGGACACUUCCUCAAGGAGAAGCUGGCAAUGCAUAUGAAAAUUUUCUUGUUUCAGAUAAACUAGUCCUCCCUGAAUAUAAGGUCCUUUAUGAAAAGUUAGUUCGUGCCCUUGAUAACACAGCAAAUCGUUGUAUAGCUAAUUGGGAACAUCUGGCCUGUGCAGAUGAAGUUAAGGCACCAUCACUGGUUCGUCUCAAGUGUAAAUUGAGCACAAACUACAGCCACACUCAAAUGCUUUUGGAGGUUUUGGCAGUGCGUGAGAAUGAGGAAGUUGUCACUGUUAAAGACUUGAUUGCUGCCCUUAGGGAUAUAAAAAGAGGAGAUAUUGUGAAUAUGAUUACAGAUGUCCAUGAUGCAGAGGGUGGAAUUUCUUCAGAACCAAUAAAGAACUUCAUGGAUUGCAGUUCUAACAACGAUUUGCUUGACCGCAUCAUCACUGGGCUGGAUGAUCAGAGAUUAUGGCGAGUUAAAAAGCAUUGGAAGCAUUUGGGCAUUAAAUUAGGAAUUCCAAAGAAAAAGUUGGAAGUGAUUGAAUUUUGUGCUCCAUUCAAUCCAACAAGGAGCCUAAUGGAAUACCUUUUCACAGAACAAAAUCCUACAGUGGGAAAAUUUGAUGAAAAAAUUCGGCAAAAGUUCAAGCAUUUGGAUGUAUUAACAAUGCUAGGACCUUUGCUUAAUGUGGUCUGCAAUCGGGACAAGCUCAUGAAAGAUGUGAUUGAUCUAGAUAAUGAAUAUAUGGAUGCAUUUUAUGUUCGAUUGAACAAAAUAAUUCCAGGAAUUGAAAACUGGAAAGAUCUUGCCAGAGCUUUUGGUAUUCCUCCUGACGUCUACAAAGAUUUUAAUCCAAAGGAGCCCAGGAGUCCCACCAAACACCUUUUUGAAUGGAUGUUUGUAAACAGAACUGUACUCACAGUGGGUCAGCUUUGUAGUGCUCUUGAACAUAUAAAGAGAAAUGACUUGGUGGGAGAUGUUAAGAAGUACUUUGGAAAGUGCUCUUCUUCUUAACGCUAAGCUUAAUCAAAAUCUUUUUAAAUCUGUGUUUAAUGGCAUGUUUCCUGAAAAAACUGGAUCAAGGAUUAUUGGAUCACUGGAUCAAGGAUCAAGUUCAAAAUGAAUCAAAUGAAUUAGAUAAAUUAAUGAGCAUGAUUGAUUGCUCAUCUACAUGACUUAAUUAGUCAAGAUUUCUCUCUGCUGAGAGACAGGUGUUAAUUAUUUUUUUGCCCUUCCCCCAUCCUGACUUUCAUGAUACUGCCAAGAACAUUUGAUCACAAGUUAGAUAAGAAACUGUCUAUUCUUGAUUCCAGUGUAGUUUUUGGGGAUUUUUAUUGCAUUGUCAACACAAACAUCUGUAAUUUUAUUCUUUCAUUAGAGAAAUGAAAGACGUUAUUUCCACACACACAAACCUUUCUUCUGCACUAACACAUUUGUAGACACGGCCAAUGGACAACAACAUUGCCAUUAUAAUAUUCCAAUUCUUUGCAUUUUCACCCAUGCAUUAGUCUCUCUAACAAACAUUCCUAGGUUUUCUCUUUUACAUUGAACUGGAUAUUUCAUCUGGUCACAAACAAGUAGUUAAAAAAAAAGCACGUUUAUGAUUUUACAGACACCAAACAGACAACCAGCUGCAAGUGAAAUCUGUGAUGUCAUUUGUUCACAGCACUGAGAUUCGCAACAAAUCCUGUGGCUAUUAUCUUUCUAAUGGCUUUGGUAGUCAUAUACUAACACUCAGGAUAAUUCUACACACUGAUCUCUCUACAUUUCCUGUGGUGAUGACAAGGAAAAUUUGCGUGACCAGGCUCACAAAAUGCAUGACAAGUAGUUAAAAUGCAUGACAUUACAAAUAUUUUUGUUGUAGUUUUAGAAUUACAUCUGUGGAAACUAUUUCCUAUGAUAAUCAAAGCAUCCCACACACAGGAUUUGCAUCAUAAAUUUCCUUUCUGUCCAAUAUCACACCAAGCUUCAAAAUCAUGAGAAUUUCCUGCUGUUGUUCGAUUCCUUAUAAAAGAAGUACAUGCAGUGAGUUGAGUUUGACUAAUGUGCAAGCCUCGAGCCUCUUCUUAUGAGCCACUGUUUUUUCUUUUUUU